AAAUGCAUGUGCAGUCAUGCUUUUGUGCAGCAGGGGUGUGUGUAUAUUCUCCCUCUCUCUUUUGUUCUGUCUCUUUCUGCAGUAUUUGCGCAUUUGCCACUGACUCCUAGGAACCUCUGCAGGAGACGAGCUGCAAAACAUCAGGUACUGGUACGACAAUGGCCUCCAAACUGAGCGUGCUGCUGCUGUUAUUGGCCGUUGUCUCAGUGACUGUGCUGGCCCAAAGGCCGCGUCCGGUGAAGAAGACCAAGACCGAUGAGUGGAACUACAAGGAUGGCUCUGAGAGAGUGAGCAUGCGUGGUGUGUCUAACCUGACUGAGGUUCUGGACAACUGGAGGUUCGACAUCAUGACCCAGAUGAGAGGACUCCUGCAGAACGACCACCAGUCUUUGCUCCCCGAUUACGCCCGGAUCCAGCCGCUGUCCGAGGCUUUGGACGACCUCUACAAAGAGUUCAAUGCCCUCAAAGCUCACCUGGGCGACCUAACCGAGAAGUUCGCCGCCAUAGAAACUUUCAUUGAUGAGAUCAAGGCCGGCCGAUCCACCAACACCAACGCUGGCCCGGCCCCCGGUCCAGCUCCGGCUGCAAUCCCCAGACAGACCACUCGGAGGGUGAUGAAGAAGAAGGCCACUUCCUCCUCCUCCUCCUCCCCCUCCUCCUAACCAGCUGAUGAUGAGCUUCUUCUGCUCUCAUGUUUGCUUCUCCUCACACUGCGUUCUGUCUCUGUCUUGUCUGAAGUAAAUUCUCACUAAUCGUUUCAUAUCAUAAUGUGCUGUGAUCUUAACUCCUCAAGUCCACAUUAAGAAUCUGGUUAUUACCACAAGACACAGAAAUUACUGAAUUGUUAUGAAAAGGACAAAUUAACCAAGAAAUAGUAUAUGCCGAUUCAGUCAAAUUAACAAACUGUGCAGAUUUUACUUAACACCAUUAAAAACAGUUUUGUAAUUAAUCCAGUAGUUUGACACAGGUUGAAAUCCAAACACGGUCUUUGUCUUUCACCCAAUCACUCCUCCCUAUAUAGAUCAGUUUACUUCACAGUGAGCAGUAAAUUACAGAUUCUUAAGCUUUUUUCAAACAUGAACUCCAGAAAAUGUCUGAAAAUUGAGUCCAGAUUUCGUUUCACAUAUGGACACAGCAAGAGAUUGUCCGGGGCCGGCACGUUUACAACCUAAAUAAAACAGUACAUGUAGUAACUUGUAAAGUAGGGAGUGAUUUUCUCCUCACAGACUUGCCACUGUUUGCUCAUUCUGUUUCCUCAUAAAUGUUACCUAAGAUGUGACACCUGGAAACUUUCUAUCUCACCACCAAAGACUUCCCCUGGAACUGAUUAAAACAAUUUCAUACUCUCUUCUCAACCUGUAGAAUGAUAUGUUUGUCAGGUCUGCUGCUGUUUCCUCUGCAAUUAUAUGUAUUGGUUUGCGUUCAAGGUUUACUGCUUCACUAUAUAAGCUUCAAAUAAAUUCACUUUUUGCAUCCAUU